CUGUAGAAGCUAGGUUAAUUAAACUCAUAAUAGUAGUCUGAUAAAUCAGCAGAAUGUGUACGUUAAACGACGAUAUUUCCGAAGCAGAAGAAGCGAUUGAAGACAUAAUCCCUGUCAUCGAUACUGCACAUGUAUCAGACAGCAAUCCAAUCUGUAAGAAGUGUGGUUGUCAAGAGACCUACAUUUCGUUGAGGAGUAAAAAUAAUUAUUGCAAGACGUGCUUUCUAACGAUGACUACGCACAAGUUCAAAGCGGCACUCGGUAAAUCGAAAUUGAUGAAACUGAAUGAUUGGGUACUUAUAGGUCAUUCUGGAAAAGUAAAUUCCACUGUACUCUUGCAUCUCGCCACGAGGGAAUCAAUGUCUAAGAAACUUAGUCUGAAGUACAAAGUUCUUCACAUAGAUGACGGUAUGAUCAAGGGCCAAAGCCUUGAGGAAAGGCAACAGAUCAGAAACGCAUUAACUAAAGAAGCUGAAACUCUACCAUUUCCAGUAUAUACGAUAUCUUUGUCAAAGUCUAUAGCACAUAUCAUUUACGAUAAGAUUCACUUGAUAGAUACUUCAGAAAUAAAUGUAACGGAAGAGGAUGAAGCUUUACGAAAGAUCUUCAAAGAUUUGCAAAACGAUACAGCAAGAGAUGAACUGUUAAAACAGUUAAGACAGAAAUUACUUGUGUCCGCGGCUUAUACACUCGAGUGCAGUAAAAUUUUCGUCGCUGAUACAUCUGUUGAUAUCGCCAUAAAAGUUCUCGGAGACGUGUCAACCGGAAGAGGUUCGCAAUUGCCUUUUAACGUAGCUUUCUCGGACACGAGAUACUCCGACCUGAUGUUACUUAGACCGCUCAGAGAUUUUACAGAAGAAGAUAUAGCUGGCUAUGCACAUUUUUACGAGUUACAUCCGAUUCUUAGCUCGCGCGAAUCUAAGUCUCCGUUUCGCGCAUCUAUAAGAAGCAUUGCGAAAAGAUUCGUUCAAAAAUUAGACUCGGAAUGUUACGGCACGGUAUCUACGAUCUAUCGUAUCAGCGGAAAGAUAUCCGCAAAAAUUGAGGAACUGAAUGACGGAAACGCUAACGGGAUGAUUGAUGACAACAAAUGCGUGCUCUGCGAAUUAACUUUAGAUUCUUCGCCGGAAGAAGUCUCAGUUGUACAAGCGAAGCUAUUUUCGAAAUUAGUCUCCACAGUAAAAGACUUCUCCGUAAACAGCAGCACGAAUUCUUUAUGUACUUUUGAACAAACAGUUAACGAACAAAUCAAAGAACAGAAGGGAUCUCAGUGUCGAUGUACUAUUAACUGUAAUUCUCCUAAAAACGAAUUCGACGUUGGAAAAUAUCUCUGCUACAGUUGUAAAUUAAUUUUCUUAGAUUCAAAACAAGCAAACAGUUUACCAGGUUUCAUCCUUGACUCGAUAAAGCGAAGGGCACAGAUUGAAAAUUUGCGAGAGAAGAUAGCAGGCUUUUUGUUGUAAUAUAAACAGAAUGAAAUUUAAUAAAAAAUAUGAUACAAGUA